CAUUACUUGAUGUCCAAUGCUUCGAUAAUUAUUUUUAUACUCGUACUUCUUGGUCUAACGCACAUGGUGACUCUUUUCCUGCAGCGCAGUUCAGGCCAAGCUGCUGCUUUUGAGGAUUUGGUUCACCAGAUGAAACAGAAGGAAUCGAAGAAUCGGAAGGGUCUUUCUCCAUCCUUGCAGGAUGUUCAAGAGAAGAUUGACAUCCUGGAACGGCGCCUGGCUCGCAUGUCGCACGCCAUCGAGAAGCUUUGGUGCACCACGCAGGACGUGAUGAGCAACGGCGGAUUCUGCGUCACGGCCGAGAGAAUCUACACGGGCGGCAACAUAAUCUUCGAACCCGAGGUGAGAGGAAUCUACACGGGCGCCAGCAUAACCUUCGAAGCAGAGGUGAGAGAAAUCUUCACAGGCGCCAGCAUAAUCUUUGAAACCGAGGUGAGAGGAAUCUACACGGGCGCCAGCAUAACCUUCGAAGCAGAGGUGAGAGAAAUCUUCACAGGCGCCAGCAUAAUCUUUGAAACCGAGGUGAGAGGAAUCUACACGGGCGCCAGCAUAACCUUCGAAGCAGAGGUGAGAGAAAUCUUCACAGGCGCCAGCAUAAUCUUUGAAACCGAGGUGAGAGGAAUCUACACGGGCGCCAGCAUAACCUUCGAAGCAGAGGUGAGAGAAAUCUUCACAGGUUUUGACGGGGGCUUCGCCAUCGAGGAGGUGAGCGGCGGCUUCAUCGCGCACGCCGACCUCAGCGAGGAGGGCCUCUGGCUCGGCAGGAAGUGGGACUGGGUGAUGAGCAUUGAGGUUGGGGAGCACAUCUCGAGCAACAGCGAGGCUUUCUUCCUCGACAACCUUGCACGUCACGCCUGUGGAGGGAUCGUGCUGACAUGGGCAGUGGAGGGCCAGGGUGGCCAUCAUCACGUCAACAACCACAACAACGACUACAUCAAGCAGAAGAUGCUGGACCGAGGCUUCGUCUCGGACGAAAAGGCAGAGAAGCGUUUGAAGGCACGUUUAACAGGUUACUUGGCCAACACGUCCAUGGUCUUCCGGCGCAAGAACCCCACGUCUUGCCUCAAUGAUUGAAAAGUUUACUGGUUGUUGCUUACGAUUGUUUUCGAAGUUCCUGUCGUCUUACUGAACCAGCGAGUGAAAAUAGACUGUUAAUGAUUCAGAGCAAAAAUUUCCCACUCAUUUUAAUUAAAUCAGACGGUGAAAAUAUAUGGUGCUGCGUAGUUUCCGGAAACCUUAAUAUUUCGUGUGGCUUGAUGAUGUGUGCCUUUGAGCUCCGCUCAAGGUAUCCUUACCUAACUUACCUAACUGAUUGUCUCUGCUUAAGCAUAUAGUCCCAUCGCCCACCACGCAUCACCAUAAAGUCGUGUUGAGUUUGUGUAGUUCGACUUAUCACUUCGGUGCAGCGGAAACACUCAUAUGCGAGAUGCGUUUCAGAAGCCUUAUUAACUUUAUUCUUUUAUUAAAUUGACAGUUUUCAAUAAAAGGCAUAGUAGGCAGAGUUAUCGUCAGUAGACAAAAAGAUGUCUCAUAGUUCAUACUUUACACUGGCCGGUUGACAAAUAGAGCCGCCGCUGGUCAAAUUCUUGGUCGGAUAAGCUGAAAAAAAAAACAGUUAAUUCUGUGAUUGAGCUGAUGCCACACUGGCGGAGCGCGAUUGGUUUGCCUGGCUACAUUCUUCGGUCAAUGAAUAGUAGUGCAAGAUGAUAAUUUGAAACUGUAUUGAAUGUUUAUGUAACGAAUUAGUUGAGCACUUCACGAGCUAUCACCAGUCCUAUUAUAAAUGCGGAUCAGAUUUUUUCGUUAGGCUCUUCACAUUUUUCAUCACCGUAAAUUCGUAGACAAUCUUCUCGAAAGUAGGGUGCAGUAGCGUGUUGUCUUUGGGAGUAGCAUUAAUUGGGAGUAGCAUUAAGAAUUGUUCUGUUUCAGCAAUACGAGUUCCAAGAUAUCUUACUGUUUGCUUAUAAUUCAGCUAAGUACCAUUGAAUUAAAUUUACCCAAUUGA